UGAAUCUUCUUCAUAUGGGCCUGUUUAUUCUUGCUGCAAUUUCGAAACCCAGAUCCACAAUAGUCCAAUACUGCACGUAAUUGAACUCCUCCCUUCAAAAUCCAACCUUCCUGGGCCUCACAAUACUUCUCAAAUCCAUCUUUAACACAGCCUUCCUUUCCUGUUCUCACUGCCAAGCACCAUGCUGGACUGACUUGCAUACAAAACUGAAUCAUGCUGCAGACUUGAGAUCUCCAUCCCUCUUCUUCACCUCCAAGCAUCAUCUCAAAACACGAACAAAUUGAACAUGCCCUUCUAUUCCUUCUAUUCCAAAUCCUAAAAUCAUAGCAAAUGGUUGGCCUACCAAGAAGCUUACUCCUUCCCAUCAUUUUCACCUCCAUUGGUGUCAUCAUCCUCUUCUCCCUAUACCAAUCCACUCACCACAUCCCUAGCGCUGAAUUUACUUCCAGCAACAACCCAAUCAAAGCCCCAAUUGCCCGAUUUGCCCCUCUAAACUUCACUCUCCUAAUCAAAGUUCUCGCCUUCAACCGCCUAGACUCACUCUCCAGGUGCCUCAACUCCCUCUCUUCGGCCAACUACGGUGGCGACACUGUCCACCUCCACAUCCACAUUGAUCAUUUUGCCCUCACCAAUGAAUCCCUUAACGUUAUUGAUAAAAAACUUGAGGAAUCGCGAAAAGUUUUGAACUUUGUUGAUGGGUUUGAUUGGAAAUUUGGAAACAAAGUUGUGCAUUAUAGGACUAAUAAUGUUGGGUUGCAAGCUCAAUGGCUAGAAGCUUGGUGGCCAAGUUCAGAUCAUGAAUUUGCGUUUAUUGUGGAGGAUGAUUUGGAAGUUUCGCCGCUGUUUUAUAAAUUUGUGAGGGGUUUGAUUGUUAAUUACUAUUACAAUGUGUCGAAUUUUAGUCCUUCUAUAUAUGGUGCUUCACUUCAGCGUCCACGUUUUGUCCCAGGUAAACAUGGAAACAAAAUACAAUUGGAUAGUGAAACGCAUCUUUUCUUGUACCAGUUGGUUGGUACUUGGGGUCAGAUUCUCUUUCCAAAACCUUGGAAAGAGUUUAGGUUGUGGUAUGAUCUGCACAAGUCCAAGGGUAUCAAGCCAUUGCUUGAUGGGAUGGUGACUAAUGGAUGGUACAAAAGGAUUGGAGAAAGAAUCUGGACUCCUUGGUUCAUUAAAUUCAUCUACUCUAGAAGUUAUUUUAAUAUCUACACAAAUUUUCAGCAUGAGAGAGCACUCAGUGUCUCUCACAGGGAUGCUGGUGUUAACUAUGGGAAAACUGCUGGGCCUGACUCCCAAUUAUUGGACGGAAGUUCUCUUGACUUCAACUUACUGGAAAUGCAACCUUUGAGCAAUCUGAAAUGGUAUGAUUACUGCUUCAGAGAAGUACUUCCUGGAAGAGUUGGAAGGACCUCGGAUGAAGUUGGGUCUGUUCUUCGGACUGUGCAGGAAGAUCAGAGUGUUCUGCUUGUGAAUAUAUUUGGGGCAUCAUAUACAAUCACGAGGAACAUGCUUUGCCACUUUGAGAGGCUAAAUAUAAGGAACUAUAUAUUGAUAGGCCCUGGGUCUGACUUUCUAUUUGAUCUUGCUAGAAGAGGGCAUCCUGUGAUUGAUGCUGACCAGUUUUUCAAUUAUCAUAGAGCACAGAAAGUAAUGGGAUUUCAACAUUCCAGUGCAGAGCUGGUGAAGAACAUUUUAGUGAAUGCUUAUGUAAUCAAGAAGUGUUUAGAAAAUGGGUAUGAUUCUUUGAUAGUGGAUGCAAACAUGUUGGUUCUCAGUAAAGUUCAAGAGUUCAUUGAUCCUACUACUGAUUUCUAUGCUGGGAAGAGCUUGGGAUUUUUCUUUGUUAGGAGCUCUUCUUCUGCUCAAGAAAUUUGGGCUGGUCUCCUGAGGAAGGUUGCUGACACAAUAGGUAAUGUUUUGUUCCAAGGAGAGAGCACAGAUUUUUUUUACUUGGUGAAGUUGUUGGAACAGAAUGGUGUGAGAAUUCACAGGGUUGAUGAGCCGAGCAUUGGCAUCCAGAUUCAUGCCGAUACUUCUAAUCAAUCAUCUUUGGAGGCUGGGAAGAAGAUGGCUUAUUGGUUUGCAGGCACAGGUGUGGAUUUGAUUCAAAAGCGGCUUCAAGAAUUGAGCUUGUGGGUUGUGGAUGGUGACUCUUCUUGCUCUGCUGUUGUUUGUCACCAGUCAUAGGCUUAUAGCAUCUAGUGGUAGGCAGAUUUUGUUUAACCAUUUUUCACCAAUAUUCUUUGUACAAUCUGUAGAAAUAUUCUGAAAUUCUUUUGCACGCAUUCCAUACCAAAUGCAACCUCUGUUGCAUUGUAAAUUUUUGGAACAAUGAAACCCAAAAACUUGGUGGGUGGGAAUUUGUUCGGAA